AUGAGCUCGGGAUCCGAGCCCCGGACAGCCCGGACACCCUUCAGCAUCGCAGACAUCCUAGGCCCGGGCAAGAUUCCCCGAAGACCCUCUGUGUCGCGGCCUCCAGAGUCGAACCAGGGUCCCACGUCGCCGCUCUGCGCGCUGGAGGAGCUGACUAGUAAAACUUUCCGCCGACUUGACGGGCACACACCGCAGCCCUCUGAAGGCCGCGCGGCCCCGGGCGCGCUGGGCCCCGACCCGGCUGGCCGCAGACGGCGGAAGUCACGCACGGCGUUUACCGCGCAGCAGGUGCUGGAGCUGGAGCGGCACUUCGUCUUCCAGAAGUACCUGGCGCCGUCUGAGCGCGACGGGCUGGCGGCUCGGCUCGGCUUGGCCAACGCGCAGGUCGUCACGUGGUUCCAGAACCGGCGCGCCAAGCUCAAGCGCGACGUGGAGGAGAUGCGCGCCGACCUCGCCUCGCUGCGCUCGCUGUCCCCGGAAGCCCAGGGCCGCCUCGCGCUGCCGGACGGCGCCCCGGGCCUCGGCCCUGGCCCCGCCCGGCCUGACUCUGAGCUCCAUCUUUCUGACGAGGAGAUACAGGUGGACGAUUGA